AUGCCUUGCACCACAGAAAGGCAGAAAGCUGCAGAAGCCCUUCUUGAUGUCUAUCUGGCUACUCUACUUGCUGAAUCUCACUCAUACCUUGAUCCCCCAACCUCUUCUGACACCAAUUCCAGUGGUUCUGAGAGUGCAAGCUCUGAAUCAUCUGAUGAACACCUGCACAGUGCCCCCUCAGCCAGUAGUGCUGUGUUGAAUGCCCUUCCAGGGUUGUACUUGCAGCAUUACCUGGCCAAUUGUCAACCCAUCAAAAAGACAAGUGCCAACUUGGAGUUGCUUCUUGGCAAUUGGAAAUUCAAUCAUCCUGAGAUUUUCAGAUCCCAUCCUGGUGUCACUCCAGCAUGCUUUGACCUUCUAGUCAAGGCUCUUCAAGAGGAUCCAGUUUUUCACAACCAGUCAACUUCAGAGCAGAUGGCAGUUCAAGACCAGGUUGCCAUUGCACUGUAUUGCUUUUGGCACUAUGGGAAUGGUGCAACAACAGUGAAAGUUGCCCUUUGGGAUGGCAUUGGUUAUGGUACAGUAUGCCUGGUGACUAAUUGUGUUAUGACAGCAGUGUGUUCAGAAAGGUUUUGGAGAUCUGCACUUGACUGGCCUGAUGAUGACAUGAAGGAGAAAGCCAAGGCCUGGGUGGAGGAGCACUCCUGCCCUGCAUGGUGGGAUGGUUGGUGCAUGGUUGAUGGGGCCUUGGUGCCUUUGCAUGCCUGA